AUGGCUGCCGAAACACCCACCCCCGCCCAGAUGCAGAGCGCCAUCGAAGAGAUUGCAGCUCGAGUCGCCACGACCGAGACCAAUCUCGCCGCGACCGAGACCAAUCUCGCCGCGACCGAGACCAAGCUCGCCGCGACCGAGACCAAGCUCGCCGCGACUGAAACCAAGCUCGCCGCAGCCGAAGGCCAGCUCGCGACGGCCAGAGCCGAACUCACCCAGGCCAAGGCCGGAGAGGGAGACCCGGCCAAAAACAAGGUCAAACUCGAACAACCCGAGAAGUAUGGAGGAGACAGAGAGGCGCUGCCUGGAUGGAUCACAGCGAUGCGCAACUACAUUGACCACAACUCCCAUCAGUUCAUCACCGAGGCAUCUAAGACCAGAUAUGCCGCCACCCGACUCAAGGACACGGCGCUCAGAUGGUUCUCAGGAACGCUGGAGAACUACCUCGGGGGAGGGAACCACAAAGCAUUCACCCAGAAGGUCUUCGAAAACUAUUCCGAGUUCGAGCACGAGAUCCAGAAGGUGUUCGGUGACAAGAACGAGAAGCUACACGCGCAGGAGCGGCUCAGCAAGUUACGGCAAACCAAGUCCGCAAUGGCAUACGCCGCCGUAUUUCGACAGGACUGCAUGAAGGCAGAAAUCAACGACGAAGGACUCAAGAAGAUGUUCUACGACGGUCUGAAGGAGGAGGUCAAGGACGAGUUGUACCAGAAGGACGAGGUCGACACGUUGGACGAAUACAUCGCCCUGGCCAUCCGAAUCGAUGAACGCCAAGCACCGCUUCUGGCCACCCACGCAGGACCCAUGGACGUCGACGCCAUCCAGAAAGCGGGGAAGAAGAACAAUGCUCGGGACAAGUCAGGCAUCACGUGUUACAACUGCGGAAAGAAGGGUCACUGCAAACGUGACUGUCAGAGCAAGAAGGAGUGGAAGCCAGUCCCGGGAAAGGAAGCCGCCACCAUUGACGAAAUCAAGAAAGGGGUCCGGUUCCAAGAAGUCGCGGCUGCCAGCUAUACGCAGGAGGAUCUCGAAGUCGACAUCGAUCAAGCCCUUGAACGGGAGGACGAGUUAACGGAUUCAGAUGAGGCCGAACCAUCGGACUCAGACUCCGAUGACCUCAUCCCUGAAGACGACGUCCGCCGGAUUCUCGAGAUGGACAACGAGUACGCACUCGUCAUCUCGGACGACGAAGGAGAGGUCGCGCCACCAGGUUAUGUACUGCGAAUGGCACAGCACUGGGGCCUCACGCUAGUACAACAAACGGACGGACACUGGCGCACACGAAACAACGCCGACGAAAGCGAAGGACCCAACUUGGUGUUCCUCCAGAACCGAGUUCGGGAACUCCGAGAACGGAUCACCAGGUUGGAGGACGAAAAACAGGUACUCGAGAGGACCCUCGAGGAGAGAAACAAACUGUACGGCAAACUGCGUGCCGAAUUCGACCUGAUAGGACAGGGAGUGCGGGAACUCAACAACACAAACCGGACUCUCGGACAACACAUCGACACGAUUGGGGAAGUGGCCCAGAACAUGCUCAAAGACGCGGGACAGCCAUCACUCGACCACACCUCAUGGGACGGACCAUCGUUAGACAUCAGCGAGAUCCACAUGGACAAGGUCUGCUUCCCACACUACGCCUAUCGGGAGGCACAAGAGCAACGGGAGUCCCAAGGGCUUGAUAGCCAAGACUGGGACGACUACUGGUCCCGGCACCAGUACCUCAGCAGAGGAAAGCCAACCUCAGACCUAGAAACAGCAGGGCUGAGAGGGGUGAAUGGGAGGUUCCAACUUAUGGAAGGAGACCACCCACGGAUGAACCCCAGGAGGAGGGACCAUGUCCAUCUACCACGGUUCCAGUGCGUAGCGCACGAAUGCCGAUACCAUUUCCAGACCAAAUUCCAGUCGAACCACUGGCCCGUCAGACCGCAAAACGAGCGCGGAAACCCGGUACCCACGACUUGGGUCUACGAUCAUGGGGACGCACCCGCGGCUCUGCUCUGGAAAGUGGAUAUGAUUCCGGACGGCAGGCUCAGGUUCAGUCCUAAGAACGCCUGGCCGGAAGGAUGCAACAACCCCCGCUGGACGAAUCACUGCGGACAGGCGGACUGCCUAGUACACGCAGACGCCAAAUUGGAAGAACACGCGCGGUCACAGGCGCAGCGCAACCGACCGCGGCCCACACGAGCGCAGCGGCGCGAGAACAGACAGCCAGUGGAGCCACAAAUGAUGCAAUGGCUCCAGGAGCACAAAACGAUUGAUGCCGCAAGCCAAGGUGCGGAUAGGGACGCCUUGAUGCUUUGGAUCCCAGCGCGAUGGAAGAAGUACGAGGCCCUCGCGUUGGUAGACCCAGGGGCGCAGAUGGAUCUCAUCUCGCCCUCAUUUGUGAACCAACUAAGGAUCCCUUGGAGGAUCAAGAAACAAUCACUCAUCGUCAGAGGACCAUUCGACACACAAUGGGUACGACGGGAGACAGAACCACUCGACAUCGAGGUGGCAGGGAAGACCACCCAAGUGGUAUUCGACAUAGUGGACAUGGGGCCCACGAAGGACAUGAUUUUGGGGCGCCCAUGGCACAGGAUUUACGACCCAGACAUCAGUUGGAAGGGAGAUGGCCAUCUGCGACCGCGGGAACAGCGGGAGCAUCCGACCAGCCUGAUGGGAGAACGCGCAGAACAGGAGCCACGGCAGAGCAGCGGGUCAGAACGAACCCCCUCUACGGGCCCACCGCAGGAAGCAGCAAGUGCAGAAGAACGCACUCUGGAGUCCGGAAGAAGCGGCACACGACAACAGAAGCAGACACGGGAGGCACGAACCAUCGCCGUCGUCUCAGUCGACGAGCACGGGAAGCUCAAACACGAAACAUGGGUCAACCGAAAAGAAGCAGCAAGCAUUGAGCUGCCAGCGCAAGAAAUCAAGAUACUCGAGGCAUCAUUCAUCGAGUCAGGGAAUAAGUUUGCGUACUACGGAGGUACGCCAAAGAGCGCAACAACGGGGCGAGUACCCGAUGAGUACAAGGGACACCCGGCGUUCACAGCGAAGCAUCUUACAGGGCUGCCAGAUCACGGACCUUGGGAUCACGAGAUCAAGCUCAACGAAGGGGCCCAGUUGAAGUUCUUCAAGGUGUACCACACCAACGAGAAGCAAGAUGCAGAGUUGAGGAGUUAUCUCGAAAAGAACCUCGAGAUAGGACACAUCAGACCAUCGACAUCUCCAGCAGGCUACCCAGUCCUCUUCGUUCCAAAAAAGGAUGGGAAGCUCAGGGUGUGUGUGGACUACCGACAGUUGAACAACGAGACGGUGAAGAACCGCUACCCGCUGCCACUGAUUUCAAGGCUUCGAGACCAGCUGUCAGGGGCACAACACUUCACACGACUCGAUCUUCCAACUGCCUACGCCCACAUUCGCAUCAAGGAGGGAGACGAAUGGAAGACGGCUUUCCGAACACCCUACGGGCACUACGAGUACCUCGUCAUGCCCUUCGGAUUGACCAACGCACCAGCGACAUUUCAAGCCGCUAUCGACCACGCAACUCGACAUUGCCUCGAUAAAUUUGCAGUCUGUUAUUUGGAUGAAAUUGUCAUCUACUCCAAGACACUCGAAGAACACAAGGAACACGUGCGGCAGGUGCUGGACGCACUGCACGAGCACAAGUUGUCAGUCAACAAGUACAAGAGCGAGUUCCAUGUCAAGAGGACAGUGUUUCUGGGAUUCAUCGGAUUUGCCAACUUUGUCAGAAUGUUCAUCAAAAGUUUUGGCGACAUCGCGAGACCUCUACACGAACUCACGAAGAAGGAUGCCACAUUCCAAUGGAAGCAGGAGCACGAGCAGGCUUUUCAACAGAUCCGCGAUGCGAUUAUCGCCGAUCCAGUACUCAUGCUGCCUGAUCCGAGCAAGCCUUUCGAAGUUGAAGCUGACGCUUCGGACUUCGCAAUCGGAGGACAACUUGGUCAGAGGGACAAGGACGGCAAGCUGUACCCAGUUGCGUUCUUCUCCAAGAAACUCGAGGGGCCAAGACUCAACUACCCGAUCCACGACAAGGAGCUUCUCGCAAUCAUCGAAGCAUUUCAGGAAUGGAGACCAUACCUCAGCGGCACAACACACGAAGUCCAGGUGUACACGGACCACAAAAACCUACGGCACUUCACCACCACGAAGGUGUUGAAUGGACGACAAACUCGAUGGGCAGAAUUCCUGUCCGAAUUCAACUUCACGAUCCACUACAAGAAAGGCUCAGAGAACGCACGAGCGGACGCCUUAAGUAGGAGAGCGGAUCACCACGACGACACAUCUGAAGUCUCACCACCAUUGCUACAUCAACAGACAGACGGAUCGCUACGGCACGCUUCCCAACCGACUGAGGACUGCGAGAUCGCAGCACUUCAGCAACAGCCGGAAGAUCCCGAAGCCAGGCCUCUGCAACAGUUUGUAGAAUGCUGUGCGGUCUUCAGGGAACAACGAUUGGAACGAGAUUUCCAAGGAAUCAUCGCGGACGACGAGCGCGAUGCAUGGCAGGAAGAGCCAGAAUCCAAGAUCGCAGGACUGCGACUUGAAGGAACGAGACUCUGGUACCACGACAAGGCCUACGUCAGGCCCAGCGACCAAAAGGAGCUCAUUCGAAGAAUUCACGAGUCGAAACUCGGAGGACACAUGGGAAUCAGCAAAAAAAUUGCGAAAGUCAAGCAGAACUACGACUUCCCAGGAAUCAAGCAAGCAACGGAAGAAGUCCUGGCAGGGUGCGAUCUCUGCAGACGAAGCAAACCAGGACGACACAAGCCAUAUGGGCUGUUGCAACCACUGCCGGUUGCAGAACGACCAUGGAGUUCGGUGACGAUGGAUUUCAUCACCAAACUGCCAACAUCCAAAGACCCAGUAACGGGAGUGAAAUACGACAGCAUCCUCACAAUGGUGGAUCGACUUACCAAGUGGAGCUACUUCCUCCCCUACAAAGAGUCAUGGUCAGCGGAACAACUCGCAGACGUGAUCUAUCGCAACGUCACCUCGGUCCAUGGAUGGCCAGAGGAGUGGAUCACGGACAGAGACACGAAGUUUGCAUCAAAGUUUUGGCAAGCUCUGAUGACGAAGCUGGGUACGAAGAGUAAGCUUUCGACCGCUUACCACCCACAGACGGACGGACAGACGGAGCGACUCAACCAGGUCGUCGAGCAAUACCUCAGGUUGUAUGUCAAUUUCCAACAAGACGACUGGGUCGAGCUAUUGCCUACAGCGCAACUCGCCUACAACACCACCGUCACGGAGACCACGAAGGUCACGCCAUUCUUCGCAAAUUACGGUUACGAAGCAGAUUUGCGACAGGGGCCCGAUGUUUCGGUGCCCAGGGCGGCGGUCAAAGCCGACAAGAUGAACUCGUUGCACACGAUGCUCAAGGAAGAACUCGAGCUCGUAAGAACACGGAUGAAGAAGUUCUACGACAGAAACAGGCUCGAGGGACCUCGCCUAGAAGAGGGGGGCAAAGUUUACCUCAUUUCUCGAAAUCUUCGCACAAAGCGACCAAGCAGGAAGCUCGAUUUUCGCAAAAUCGGACCGUUCAAGAUCGACAAAAAGAUUUCGGAAAACAAUUACGCACUCGCGCUACCCUCAACGAUGCGACUACGAACCAAUGUUCUCCACGUUUCACUUCUGGAGCCAGCACCAAAAAACGCACGACUCGACAAGGGCGUCGAGGCAGAAGACGAAGAACUCUGGGACGUCGAAGAAAUUCUGGAUUCACGCAUCACGAAAGGACGAGUCGAGUACUUGGUUAAGUGGCUAGGGAUUUCCACCGGAGGAAUCCGGAUCGACCAAGAGAGGCAUCGAAGACCAGUCGAACCCGGCAAGAAAAUCGACGGAAGAGGAACUAACAGCAGGGUCAGUGGAAAAGCACGAGGACGGGAAGGAAGGACACAAACCCCUGGACCCAGGAGGGGUCAGGAAGGGGAGCACUCGCAACGUCCGAAGAGGACGACUGCGCGGCAGCAGCCUCACGACGCUCCUGUUCCCGCAAUACCUCGCCCUCUUGAUCAAACAUCCGACGUGCUUGAUCCUCCAAAGAUUGGUGUUGACGACGAAGACGGUCAACCCGCGCAAGGGCGGCACCAAGGGCCUGAUCGGCCUCGUGUCGCUCCUUGUCCAACUGACGCUUCUGCAGAAUCAAACGUUGGAAGGCGGAGCUGUCGUAACCAAAUGAGUCACAAGCGAUGUUGUGCACUUUGGCGCACGCAGUACAAACGUCGUUACCAAAAGGCACGCGACAGUCAGGAAGAUCCUUAUCCUUGCAACCAGGGUCCGGAGCAAUUACACGGAAAUACACAUUGCAGUUGA